AGCCUUCCGAGAUCAGCGCCGGCACACGCGAGUGAAUAUAAUAUAAUACACCACGAGAGAAGAUUCGCGAAGGCGAAGAUUCGCACGAGUCAUCGUAUCCUAAGAAUCGUGUCUUUCUAGCACGAGGAGCCGAAGAUAACGGAAUAUCGUUUGCAUUCGUGGACACAACAAUGGCUGAUAAGGUGGCUUCGCUGAAGGAGAGCGGCAAUGUUGCUUUGCAAGAAGGUAAAUUUGAUGAAGCCAUCAAGCAUUACACAGAAGCGAUCGGCCUGGACAGCAGUAAUCACGUCCUCUACAGCAAUCGCUCGGCGGCUUACGCGAAAGCCGCCAAGUAUCAGGAGGCGUUGGAGGAUGCGGAGAAGACCAUCAGUUUGAAGCCGGAUUGGGGAAAGGGCUACUCGCGCAAGGGUAGCGCUCUGGCGUACCUAGGCAUGUACAACCAAUCCAUCAAGGCUUACCAGAAGGGUCUACAGUUGGAUCCCAACAACGAGCAACUCAAGAACUCCAUCGCCGAAGUAAGAGCUCAGAGAACAGCCGCUGCAGCGAAUCCCUUCAACUCGCCGCAUAUAUAUGAGAAGCUAGCGGCUGAUCCCACAACGAGAAAAUACCUGGCCGACCCUGACUAUCUGAAGCUAUUGCAGGAGCUGCGAGCCAAUCCACAGGUUAUCAGUACCAAGCUCCAGGACCCUAGAGUGUUCAAUACUAUUGGGGUGCUCAUGAGGAAUGAAUUUAUGGACGAGCCUAUGGAGACUGAACCGAUGAAUCCACCGGAACCGCCGAAACCCAAACCAGAACCGAAGCCAGAGAAGAAGGAGGAGGACAAUCUUCCACCCGAGAAGAGAAAAGCUUUAGAGGAAAAGAAACUGGGUAACGAAGCUUAUAAGAAGAAAUGUUUCGAGGAGGCUCUGCAACAUUACAACAAGGCCGUAGAAUUAGACUCGACAGAGAUCGUUUAUCUGCUAAAUAUAGCGGCGGUGUACUUCGAGCAGAAGGAGUAUCAGAAAUGUAUCGCACAGUGCGAGAAAGCAAUCGAGGUCGGUAGAGAAAACAGAGCGGAUUUCAAAUUAAUAGCUAAAGCGUUCACGAGAAUCGGCCACGCUUACAAGAAGAUGGAGAAUUGGAAGCAGGCCAAAGUGUAUUAUGAAAAGUCCAUGUCCGAGCACAGAACGCCGGAAAUUAAGACUUUAUUGUCAGAUAUAGAUAAAAGAAUCAAGGAAGAGGAGAGAAAAGCCUAUGUUGACCCAGUGAAAGCGGAAGAGGAGAAGGAACUCGGUAAUCAAAAGUACAAAGACGGUGACUAUCCCGCGGCUAUAAAGCAUUAUUCCGAGGCGAUUCUAAGGAACCCGGACGAUCCUAAAUAUUAUAGUAAUAGAGCGGCUUGUUACACCAAAUUGGCGGCGUUCGAUCUCGGCCUGAAGGACUGCGAGAAGGUCGUUGAGCUGGAUCCAAAGUUCAUCAAGGGUUGGAUUAGAAAAGGAAAGAUUCUGCAAGCCAUGCAGCAGCAGGGGAAAGCUUUGACGGCGUAUCAGAAGGCUCUGGAGUUGGAUCCACAAAACAGCGAAGCGUUGGAGGGCUAUCGUUCUUGCGCGGUAUCAGCUAGUUCCAAUCCAGAAGAGGUCAGAAAAAGAGCGAUGGCGGAUCCUGAAGUCCAAAGUAUAUUGCGAGAUCCGGCCAUGAGGAUGAUCUUAGAACAAAUGCAACAAGAUCCAAGAGCUUUACAAGAUCACUUGAAAAAUCCUGAUAUAGCUGCAAAGUUACAAAAACUUUUGGAAUCUGGUCUCAUAGCUAUCCAUUGAAGACGUAAGGAACUGAAAACAUAUACAUAUAGCUGUAAUAAAAGAAAUGAAAUUUUGCUAUCAAGUUCCUUUGAUAUUAAGGACAUUCGCAUUCAUGUAUUGCAGAUACAUUAGCUAUUGGGAUACUUAUCAACUUGCUCUUAAAAUCUGUGUUCAAAGCGCCAUUCGCAAUAGAAGUUACGUUGUACACAUCCUUUCGUGCAAAUACAGUGGCCUUUAGUGUCAUCGAUGACUUUUGCACUACGAGACUUGUCAUAGUGAUCAUAUGUAUACUAAUAUAUACAUAUAUACGUGAAACUCUUUGUGCAAACAAAAAAAAGUGUAAUUGUGGGAAGCUGUGUGAAUUCUUAAAAUAUGUAAUAUUUACUUAUAAAAAAACUCGCAUAAUCCAAUGGCUGAGCCAUGAAUAUCAGUACCAAAAUAGUGUAAUUAUUAUAUUUUAGGAACAAAAGUCAUCUAAAAAAACAUUAAUCCUUUAAAAUAGUAAAAUGGAAUUAUUUCUGUAUAUGAGCACCAGCUAACAUUUAUUUUAAUAAGGUUGCUUAGUUUUUAAUCUAAAAUUAAUUAUAUCAUAUAUGAUGAAUGCGAAGCAUGAUUAAAGCAACAAAUAAUACGACAAGAGUGCUUCAAAUAAAUAAAUCUCUUUUUAAACCAAA